AUGACGUUAUACACCCAGAGUACUGGGCACCAUUUUGCCACAAGACGAAACUCAUCGUCUUCGCCUUAUGCCAUUCCUGCCAGACCUAGAUCGAACUCCACAACCUCUCCAUACAGUAUUCCUGAUAGAAUACAUGGUACCGGGGCCCCUCAUUCACAUUCAUCGUAUAAUGCCAGAUUCCAAUACCAUCCAGCAAACCCGAACCAAAUACCACCUAACGGGCAAAUUAGUAAUAACCCAUCUCAAGCCACCGCCAAUGGUAAGCCUCACCCCCAGGGAUCCGACAGCAUUCCUCUCUUAACAAGAGAGUUUGUGGUUCGAAGAAUAUCUGAAGGCGAAACUGGCAGGGUGAAACAGGAAUUGAAAUGUGAGGCCUGUGGUAAAGGUUAUAAGCAUAUAUCAUCGUUAGCAAAACAUCUUUGGGAACAUACUGCCGAGUGGAACUACACCAAGAAACUUUUGAUAUCAAAACACCAACAGGUACAACUAUUGGAAGCCGCGAGUAUCUUAGUUAGCAUGAAUGAAAAUGAUAAAUUGAAGAAGCAGCUGGUACUGCUGAAAGGUGCCACUUCUCCGACCCUUGCAGAGGAUGUACACAACAACAACAACAACAACAACAACAGUGACAAUCAUCGACUUGUCUCGCCUACCCCAGUUCCUAUCCAGUCUCCUUCACAUUACUCCUCAUUGAAUAGUAAUCCAUCGUCGUACACCGGCGGCCCAACGAUUUUACCAGGGUCAAGCUUUAAGAAAAAUACCGAAUUCAACGAUGAAUUGAUGUCGCCGCCAACUAACCUUCGAUCGUCUUUCAACUAUCAUAAACCUUUGAUUUCAAAUUUGACUUCGCAAAAUAAUACCAAUGGAGGUUACUUGGAUGCCCCAAUGAGUCGCCAUGAUAGGUUUUUAAGCCCAAAUGCGGAUCAUGAUUCACAUAAUAAUAACGCCAUAGAGGAUGAUGACGAAGAUGAUUCUAGAAGCAAUAAUAAGAGUCCCAAUAGUGGAGAUGAACAGAAGCAACUAGAACAUGGGCAUCAAGAAGAGGAAGAAGAAUAUGAUGGCGAUGAAGGUGUGUUUGGGGACUUAGAAUAA